CGUGAAUGAUAUGGUAGCUGUAGGACCAGACAGCUUCUAUGCUACCAAUGACCACUACUUCUCUGACUUCAUCUUGAUGUUCUUGGAGAUGUUCUUGGGUUUAACCUGGUCAAAUGUUGUUUACUACAGUCCUAAAGAAGUGAAAGAAGUAGCAGCUGGGUUUUAUUCAGCCAAUGGAAUUAACAUUUCACCUGACAGAAAGUACAUCUACAUUGCAGAUGUAUUUGAUCAUAAUAUCCAUGUUAUGGAAAAACAUGCGAAUUGGAAUUUAACCCAUGUGAAGACGCUGCAGCUGGACACUCUGGUCGAUAAUUUGUCUGUUGACCCAUCCACUGGAGACAUCUGGGUAGGAUGUCAACCCAAUGGGAUGAAGCUCUUCUACUAUGAUCCUGAGAAUCUGCCUGCUUCUGAGGUCCUGCGCAUCCAGAACAUCCUCUCGGAGGAGCCUAUGGUGACACGCGUCUAUGCUGAUAACGGCUCCGUGCUGCAGGGAAGCUCCGUGGCAUCCGUCUAUGAGAGAAAACUGCUCAUUGGCACAGUCUUCCACAGAGCUCUCUACUGUGAGCUAUAGCUCUCCGUGGUAAGAUCUUCUGCAGUGGGAAGGAUUUAGUUCCUCGCGAACUUACUUAGUUUCUGCUAGACUUGCUAACAAGAAGACUGUUCCAAUAAAGGUUAACUAGAGUCAUG